AUGGUCACAUUAUCGCCGACACGUCCCCAUUUCAAACUCUGCACUCUGAGCUUCGGCGUUUGUCCCGACUAUUCGCUCAUUUUGCUGUGCAGCGAGGCUGACAAGAUCACAAAUUUAACGGCGAGCCAGCAGACUGAGAUUGCACGGACUCGACCUGACUUGAUUCAUACUCUCGCUGGAUCGUGGGACAUGGAAGUGUAUGUCAGCCUAAAUACCCGCUGCCACUUCGCAAUGUCCCAAUUAAUAUCAUGCCCAGGUGUGAAAAGGGCGACAGAUAAUGGAUGGAAAGACCGCUUCUCCACCUACUACCACCUACUGACACUGCUCCCCAAAGAGUCUCUCUCCAAUACGGGCGACGAUACUUCUGCGGAUAUUCCACCCAUCACAGAGGUACAAGCUGAGGCCCUGGACACCUUGCACUUCAUCGGGGGGAAGUUUUGCGUCAAUACCGAAUUCUAA